AUUGAACCAAAAAAAAAUUAAGGAAUUAGAUUCUAAACACCAUCAAGAAACUGUGAAAUGAAGCUGGCGUAUGGUGCCAAAGGGAUUAGUCAAAAAGCAACAAUACCCUGCACCCACUAUCCCUCUAAACAAAGGAAAAGCCAUGAACUCCAAAGAUGGAAAGCUCUAAAUCAAAGACACAGGUUAUCAAGCCAUUGUUCUUGAAAGCUGGGAUACCUUUGGCUCUUUCUGUGGCUGGUUUUAUUUAUGCUAAGAUCAUAUCAAGAAGAAAUAUAAUUUCAGAUAAUUCUUCUUCUUUGGAAACCAAGGUGGGUAAGGGUUCCCUAGAAACCAUUGAUUCUCAUGAGGUGUUUCUUAAUAAUUCUGUGAAAAAUGAUGAAGAGCAUAUGAUCAUAAGUUCCCAAGUUUUGAGCUCAAUAGAAAGUUCAGAUUUCACUCAUGAUGAGUCUAGUUUUGAAGGAGAGCUAUUAGGACUCAGAAGCAGAAUUGAAGAGCUGCAAAAGAGGGUUUUGGCCCUGGAAACACAGUUUCUUCAAUAUCAUGCCAUGAAAGAGGAAGAAUCUUUGCUAAUGGAGAUUAAGAAUAAGUUGGUAUUGGAGGCUGCCCAUGUUGAGUUCUUGGAUAAGGAGAUUUCUUCAAUGGAAGCUGAGAAAGAAAGAUUUGAGAAUCUGGUGGUGGAGUAUCUAAGAGUUCUUGAACAGCUUGAAUUCGCAAAGCUGGAAAAUGGGCUUCUUCGAAGGAAGGUAAGGAGAAUUUCCAGGAAAAUGAAAGAGCAAUCACGGGUCGUAACAGAAAAGAACUUGAAGAUUGAAACAGCAGAAGCAGAAAUUUUGAGAUGCUAUGAUGCAUUAGAAACAAGGUCUAGCGUUAUCAAGAAAAUGGAGGAUGAAGUUAGAGAAUUGCAGACCAUUGUUAAUCAACUGCAGGAGGAGAAGAAUGAACUUCUGAUAAAGCUAAAUCCAGAAGAAAAUUCAGCCUCAUUAGCAUCAAAGAUUGACGCAGAAGUUGUGACAAUGGAAGAUUAUAAUCAGCUUGUUCAUGAGCUAGAACAACUACGAAAAGAUAGAGCAACUGAAAUUGCAGAACUUACUUACUUGAGAUGGACUAAUGCUUGCUUAAGGCAUGAAUUGAUGAGAAUUCAUGAACAAGAGCAAGAAAUUGAGCAGAAGAAAGAACAUUUGGAUGCAGAUGGAGAGAUUAGAGAUUGUGGAUUGGUACAGCAACCAGACAGAUCAGUUUUGAACAUUAAUGAACCUUGCAUAGGUGUGGCAAGCAGUAGCCCUGAUCAGGGUUGUUCAAAAAGGAAAAAGUUGCUUCACAAGCUUAAGAAAUGGGUAGAAGGGAGUGAACACAUGAAAUCAAAGCUGGAAGAGAAAGAAAAGCAAGAAAUCAAGUGCUUGGGCAGGCUUUCUGUUUCAGAAGAGGCAGAGGAAGAUCAUAUAAUUCAUACAAGAAGGUCUUGUUCUAGUGCAUAAUCAAAAAAUGCCCUCUUAAACAAUAAUCUAGUGUAACACAAAAAUCAUUAGCAAAUACCAACAGUUGCUUCUCAGCUAUUUUAUAUAUAUAUAUAUAUAUAUUAUGAUGUUAAAUAGAUAUGAGUGAAUUAUCAAAGUUCUUUUGAGGCUAGUAAUAUUACAAGUCUAAUGAGCAAACAAAUUGGAAUCCAGACACCCCUCUGCAAUUGUAUCUUGUACUUUCAAUUUUAUCAAUUUAAUUAGUAAAUUAUGUAUUUUAUUUCAA